UGUACCUCCUUGACACAGUAACCCUGCAGAACCAGUGGCCAAAGGAAUACCGGUCUCUGAUGUACCUCUGAGAUACCUACCGGCAUUGUGUAUGGGCCAAUGAAUGGAGUUUUUAACCGUCCGGGGUUGACGACGAUCGUGUAUGAUUGACUCAUGACCAUCUAUGAAAUGACAGGAAAGGCCACCGAGUCAGAAGACGCUAAUAAUGAACAGCAGCGUGUGUGAUGAUUUUAACGAAGCCGGAUCUACUCCCCUUAUUAACCUCGUGCUAACAGUCGCCAUUGUAUUUAUCCCGGGCCUUCUAGUUCACUGUGUUGCAAGAGCUCUUCUUGCAAAGGACAUCAAGAAAAACCCGAACCUUGUGAAAAAGCUUCUUGGAGCCCUCUGCGUAGUUGAUGUCCUGGGUAUCUUGUCAGCCACUGCUUAUCAAGUUGUGAAUGUUUUCAUCCCCGAACCAAGUUACUCUGCUUGUGUAGCUAUCGGUUUCUUUAACGGGUUUCUGUCUCAAGCAUCUAAUGCCUUGGCGACUAUCAUGGCGGUGGAGAGAUGUUUCGCCUUCAGCGUCACCUACUGGUACAUUGCUAAUAUCCACAGCUGGAAGCUAAAGGUUCCUAUUCCCUUCAUCGUGAUUUGUCUUAUCGUUGUCAACAUGCUUCCAGCUUUUGGCUUUGGACUGGUCAUGGAUCCUGAAAAACCCAAGCUCUGCAAAAUGUUACCUUCUGCUCCCAUUUCGCCCUCUUCGCGACUUAGUGUCUAUACCAUCGUUUAUGCUUCAGUUGGUCUCAUGUUUGCUGCUGUUAACAUCGUGUGUAACACAGUCGUAAUUGCUUCCCUGUUCAGAAUGGUUCACAAACGCGCGCCCCCCAAGCAGAAAUCGAUACUAGCAGAGUACGAGAUGACCAUAAUGCUGCUCUUCCUUUCGGUGAACUUCCUCAUUUCCUGGAUACCUUUCUAUAUUUCCGUGUUUCUGAACUACUUUGGGAAACGCAUACCUAAGAGUGUGAGCUUUUGUGUACGUGUUCUGGCUGGGGUGAGCUAUUCCACCGACCCACUGAUCUAUAUUGCUGCUAGGAAGAGCUACAGGGAUCGGAUCAGGACCAGAAUUUUGACAAUCUGUGGAAAUGACAAAUCUUCAAAGAGAACUGUUUCUGUGAUAACUUAACGAGACAAUGUCUUUACAGAAUUACAUCAAACAGGAAGCCGACUGUGUUGCAUGUAGAUUAUUGUAUGUAUUCACGAAGGUAGGAGGAUGUAUCUGUAUUCAAGCCCGUAAAUGUCUGAUGAUGUUACAAAAUUCGAUAGAUAGAAAGACAGACAAACAGACAGACAGACAGACAGACAGACAAUAUAUUAUAUCUAUAUAUUUGAAUAUAUAUUAUAUCUUAUCUGUUAUACAUUUGUGUCGAAUUUUGUAAUAUCGUGCCUAAAUGUUUUUACAGUAUUUUCGGUUGUUGAUUUGUGGUUAUUUGUUUGAAUGUUUGACCAUUCAGUGUAUCACUCAUUUACAUUCACGUUUUUAAUUCUAUAU